UAAUUAUUUAUCUGAUUCUGAUCAUCCGAGCAAGAUUUUGUAUGCAUAACACAGCGAUGAAUAAUGAUGUUAGUAUGAAGAUAAUAUUUAUGCAUAGAUCCUGCUAAUAUAUAUUUGAAAUAGACUAAAAGUACAUGUAUUUUGUGUAUGUAUAAGCCAAAUCGCAUAUUAUUUGUUUUCAGUUGAGUAGUGUUCAGACAAACCGAUCAGCAGAUCAAUCGGGACAAUCGUGUUUAAGUCUAAUUUAAGUUGUUGAAAUUAGACUAACAAAGACAAAUGAACUGAAGAUCCGAAUCCGGAUAAGAAAAUUAAUUUCAGAUUUGUCAUCAUUUUACUAUAUAAACUCGCAAACUUUACUUAGAAUUUUAAAAGUAGGCCUAUUGGAGUAUCUUAGACCUUUAAAUUAUAAGACAAGUAAAAAUUGUAAAAAAAGUAAAUGUUGGUAGUGAAUGCUAAAUAAAUACUGCUACUACUUACUAAACUGAAUAAACUUAGUUGUUACUACUACUCUGGUCCUUAUAUUGAUUGAUGAUUGCCCUGCUGAAUGUGACAGUGUUGAAGGAUACAGUAAUGCAGUGUAUAGAUACUUCGAUGAAAGAAGGGAGACUACUAUUUUUUUUGUAUCGGAAAUGGGCGUCGGCGCAGAAAAAUCCGAGUUUUUAAUUUUCCGAUGUGUGUGUCUAUUUAUUAUUAAAUUAGUUCUUUCCACAUAUAUUUGAGUUCCGUUUCCGGCCUUAUAAUUUGGAAGACAUCUUGGCCUACAUUUCUAGCCAGCUAUUUUGCUUUUUAUAAGAUAAGGUCCUUUUUUAUUAAAUCUGUAUGAGCAUUAGAUAUUGAUCUAUAUCUGUGCCAAGUUUCAUUGAUGUAGGUCGUGUCCCACGUUUGUUACACUUGUCACAGUGACCCAUAUCACCAUUAGGUGGCUCAGCCUAAUUUCGACAUGGCUUGGGCCACGCCCCCUUUUUAAUGGCGGAAGUUGCCGAUACUUAGGAAAUAUUUAAUUAUUACCACUAUAUACAUCAAAAUAUUUUAUAUUUUGUGUUUCAGAAUGCAUUUUGAAGACAUUUAAACUGGAAAUGUUUUAAUUUGAGCUUUAAAAACCCUGCAGAGUCCAUAAUAUAAAUGAUCAGAAUUUUCCGUGUGCAACACGUUGUCAUUGGCAACCAUUCACAGCCACUUGCAUAAUGGCUACGUUGUAGUACUAUCUCAGAGUUUCAUUCAUAAGAGUUUGCUGUGUGCAAAAGCUAUUAAACCAUUGGUCAGGGAAAGCUUUUAUUAAUUAUUCAUGUGCCAAAGUUGAAAGUUUAAAAUAAGUCGACCCUAAACAGUAUUUUAAUGAUAAGGGAAUGCUUUGCCUUAUAUAAACUAUAUAGUCAUUGCGCAUGACGCGAUCAGUGGAAUGAGGUCACAGAAUGUGGAGAUGCAGUCUAUGUUAAAAAAUGACAAACCAAGUCGUACUUUAAAAAUUCAUAACUUUAAAACUACAACAGCUAAAAAUAUGAUUUUGGUGUUAUAAUUAUGUUUAAAAUUAGCUCUAUUCAACUGUGCCAUUGGUUUAUUUUUAAAAAAUGUUUACAUUUUUGACCAAAGUAUCUACAGUGUAUAAUGGCCACUGAACUGGGUUAUAGGUUACUGUAGAAUAUUUUUUAGUGAAGUGUCAUCUUUAUUUGGCCAAUCCUAAGUCUCAGUAUAUAAACUUAACUGUACUUAACUAAAUAAUAGUAGAUACUUCGAUGAAACAAGUGAGACUACUAUUAUUUUUGUAUCGGAAAUGGGCGUCGGCGCAGAAAAAUCCGAGUUUUUAAUUUUCCGAUGUGGGUGUCUAUUUAUUAUUAAAUUAGUUCUUUCCACAUAUAUUUGAGUUCCGUUUCCGGCCUUAUAAUUUGGAAGACAUCUUGGCCUACAUUUCUAGCCAGCUAUUUUGCUUUUUUCAAUCGACCUUUAUUUUGAAAAUCUUUGGUAUAUAUAAGGCAUCUUCGCAUACAAAUUUUUUAAUGAAAUAAUAAGAUAAGGUCCUUUUUGAUUAAAUCUGUAUGAGCAUUAGAUAUUGAUCUAUAUCUGUGCCAAGUUUCAUUGAUGUAGGUCGUGUCUCACGUUUGUUACGCUUGUCACAGUGACCCAUAUAAGGUGGCUCAGCCUAAUUUCGACAUGGCGUGGGCCACGCCCCCUUUUUAAUGGCGGAAUUUGCCGAUACUUAGGAAAUAUUUAAUUAUUAACACUAUUACAUCAAAAUAUUUUAUAUUUUGUGUUUCAGAAUGCAUUUUGAAGACAUUUAAACUGGAAUGUUUUAAUUUGAGCUUUAAAAACCCUGCAGAGUCCAUAUUAUAAAUGAUCAGAAUUUUCCCUUUGCAACACGUUGUCAUUGGCAACCAUUCACAGCCACUUGCAUAACGGCUAUAUCGUAGUACUAUCUCAGAGUUUCAUUCAUAAGAGUUUGCUGUGUGCAAAAGCUAUUAAACCAUUGGUCAGGGAAAGCUUUUAUUAAUUAUUCAUGUGCCAAAGUUGAAAGUUUAAAAUAAGUCGACCCUAAACAGUAUUUUAAUGAUAAGGGAAUGCGUUGCCUUAUAUAAACUAUAUAGUCAUUGCGCAUGACGCGAUCAGCGGAAUGAGGUCACAGAAUGUGGAGAUGCAGUCCAUGUUAAAAAAGGACAAACCAAGUCGUACUUCAAAAAAUUCAUAACUUUAAAACUACAACAGCCAAAAAUAUGAUUUUGGUGUUAUAAUUCUGUAAAAAAAUUAGCUCUAUUCAACUGUGCCAUUGGUUUAUUUUUACAAAAUGUUUACAUUUUUGACCAAAGUAUCUAAAAUAAUAGGCCACUACUAAGAUGUAGGAAGUUGAUUUUUUUUCAAUGAGUAAAUAUGAAUAUUUAACCUUGCUGCAUUUUCCUUCCACUUCAAGAAGAAGAAAGUAAAGGACUUUUUAAUUAGGGGUUAAAACGUGACAUUUAAUUAUAUUUUUUCAUGAAUUACUUUUAAUUAUAAUUACUACUCAGAAUUCUACUCUCUUUUAUUCAGACAUUGGAACUCUGGGUAAAUGCAAAGAGAAACCCCCACAUUAUUUACCAUGGUCGCCAUCUUGGUUGACACGACCUGUGAAAAGGUUGAAGGCCACCAUCCCUAAACCUAACCUAAACCUACCCUAAAUCUAUCCCUAAACAUAACCUGAACCCUAAAGAAUAAACACGCAAAUAACGCCAUGGUGAUAUCUCUUAGCAUUAGCCGAACUCUGAAAAAAAGAAAGUGAGUUCAAUGUGAGUUAUAUUGUAAUAAUUUUUUUUCAGGUAUUUAAAAAAAAAACGUCUGUAAGACUGUAAGAAAUUGGUUGUAAUAAACAAACAUGAGUGACCUGUCUCCACUGACAUCAGGGGAGAGUCCCACCACAAUUGUGACUAUAUUAACUACAACUUCUACAGCAGAGUUAAUAUCAACUGCAGCAGAAUCCAAUAGUACGCCGGAAACAAAUGUCACCCAACCACUUAUUUUCCUACAAACAGCGGCAGCUCAAGGUAUUGCAGGAACUUUUGCUUUUGCUGCAAUUUUACUAACAGUGCAUCAGGUAGGAAAUUAGUGUUCUUAAAAGUUUGUUCACAAUUUGUGUAGCAGCAAUAGUGUUCAAUUUAUGAUGAUUUGACUAAUGUUUGAUGCUAUGCAUUUAUUUAGAAAUAUAAAUACUUCAUUCCAGAUUUACCUCCAUCUUCGCUACUACACAUGUCCCAAUGAACAGCGAUGGAUAGUUCGAGUUUUAUUCAUAGUUCCCAUCUACUCUUUUGACUCAUUCCUUAGUCUUAUGUUUUUCAACAAAGACAAUUACUAUGUUUAUUUUGACAGUCUCAGGGAUUGCUAUGAAGGUUAGUCAAGAAAAAAUAUUAAAUAUUUUAUUGACUUUGGUAAAAAUAUUUAAAAUAUUUAGUUAUAAAUUAGUUGUUUUUUUCACGCAUUUUAUGGAAAUUUACUAGAAAAUGAUACUUUAUUCUUUUUUAGCUUCUUACUUGUUUUAACUGUUAAAUUGGAUUUUGUUUUCUAUUUCCCUCCAGCAUUUGUCAUCUAUAGCUUCCUUAGCUUGUGCUAUGAGUAUCUUGGUGGAGAAGGUGCCAUAAUGUCUGAAAUAAGAGGGAAACCCAUACAGUAAGUAAUUCCAUUUGCAUUGCUAUCAAGAUCAAAAUUGAAUAUUGUCCUUGAAACAACUCUGAUCAUUUAAAGGGGCAGAAUAUGAUAUAAAGUAGAGAGAAGGGUUUAUAGACUAUAAAAGUAUAAAUUAUUCACACAAAAUAACAAGUUUUUGUAAGUUGAAAACUCUAACAUUGCUCGUCACCUGUGUCCUUGGAAAGUAAAACCAUUACAGAUUUGAGGAAUUAAUGUAUAAUUUUCCGCUCUACAGGUCUAGCUGGUUGUCCUGUACUUGCUGCUUUGCUGGGCGUCAGUACACUAUUGGAUUUUUACGUUUCUGUAAACAGGUAAACAAAUACUAGAAAAACCAUAAAGCUCAUUGACAUAGUCCUUUUAAAACCUGUAUCUGGCGUGUUGAUAGUAGAGUCUAAAAAAAAUUUUCUGCAUCUGUUUUUUUUUUUACUACCCAAUAUAGGCUACCCUGCAGUUCUGCUUCAUAAAACCAAUCAUGGCGAUACUUACACUUCUGCUGCAAGCAUUUGGUUAUUACAAGGAUGGAAACUUCUCGUACGUAUAGUUUAGACUAUGAGAGAAUUUUACACAUAUUUUCAAAAAGUUAUGAAACACACUAUCACAUUAGCUAUAUGAAUCACCUUGGGCUGACAGCUGAAUUAAUUAAAUUUAUUGUAAAAUUUUCCUCUGUAAAGUUUGUACAAAGAAUUCAGACAAGUCGGUCUUUUAAGUAGUCUUUAGAUUCAUUUCCAUCAUGUUAAGCCAUGAAUUUAUUUUACUUUUCCUACUUCCCAUCCUCUCGCAGACCGGACCGUGGAUACUUGUACAUCACAAUCAUAUACAACAUUUCUGUGAGUUUGGCUCUCUAUGCUCUCAUCAUGUUCUACCUGGCCACCAAAGAUUUGCUGAGCCCUUUUGAUCCCAUCCUCAAGUUCUGCAUCAUCAAGUCUGUCAUUUUUCUCUCAUUUUGGCAAGGUCUGUUGGUUUUAAAUGAUGAAAAUAUUCAUAAUGUAUGUAAGAUAUCCAAAGAAAUUUAAAAUUAAAUUCAAAAUUACCAUGCUUAAAAAAUACUUGUGGUGUCUCAAAUAUUAUUGAAUUAUUAAAGUUUUAGUAUUAAGUUUUUUCAAAUACCAUUUGCUGGCAAGUAAGGCUUAAUAUGCUGACAAUUUUUAAUGAGCAUCUCCUUACACAUUAAUGCUGACGUUUUGUCAAAUAUAUAUAUUUCUUUAAUUACAGGUGUUGUUUUAGCAGUUCUGGAAAAAGCUAAAGUUAUUGAUCCUAUCUUUUCCAAGAACGGUUCUCAAUUUGUGGGUACAGGUACUGUAUCUGCCGGUUGGCAGAAUUUUUUCAUUUGUCUUGAGAUGUUUUUGGCCGCUGUCGCUUUGAGGUUUGCUUUUCCUCACAGUGUAUAUAGCACUGGUCCCACAAGCACACAUGGUCGAACUGUUUCCCUUCAGUCCAUCUCCAGUAGUUUGAAGGAAACCAUGAAUCCAAGGGACAUCAUGCAGGUAAGAGAACAUUUAGUCACAAUUUGUCAAAUUGAAAGUGAGCCCUUAUCUCUUACCUAGUGAAACAGAAGGUAGUGAAAUAGUAAAUUCAAUAAGUACAAAUUCUGCACACUAUGCUUUGACAGAAUAUAUUAUUUUAAAAAUAUUAUUUGCUUUAUUUUGAAGACUUUCACAAUUUCUAAAUUUUAAAAAUCACUCAAUUAUUUGUUCUUUUUUUAAACUCUGGUCUAAUUAUAUCCAUCCCUUAUUUCACUCUUCUGAUGUUCCUCUUGUGCAGUUUUAUAUUCUUGUAUUGGAAAUGGAAUUUAACCUAAAUUAACAAGAAAAAUUAUGUUUAAAAAUUCUCCCUUGUAAGUAAUCACAGAUUAAAAACUGAAAUGUUAGUUAUUUGAAAGUGCGGUAACCAUAGAUACGCCUUCAUUCCAUUCUGACAUUCAUCUUUUCCCCAGGAUGCCAUCCACAACUUCCAUCCCCAGUACCAACAGUACACCCAGCAAGGCAUGAAGCCCUCAGAAGAUGACCAUCAAGACGGUCCGUGGAACUCGGACAACUAUCAGUACCAACAGCAGCGCCCGGUGACCAAUGGCAACCCACCUGCAACCUCACCUGUGAAGGGUAGCAGUUUGAGCGCCGGCGGGAUUGGCAGUGCGGCACCCACACCUGCUCAACUGACGGCUAAACCAACGGCUUCCCAGGGUAGUGCGACAGCGGCCGCCCCAGCCGUGAAAAAAAAUCGCUUCAAUGAGAAGACAACUCUCCUCAACUCUGAUGAAGAGUUUCAGUAAUGUCUUUUAAUGUUUAUUAAUUGUUUGUUUGGUGAACUUUUAUUUCUGUCACACUCGACGUGAUUAAGAAACCAGUCUCAAUUCUAUUUUAUUUAUAUUUUUGUGUUCACAGAACUGUUUUUAAUUUUUUUAUUUUUUACUUAUUCAUCAUGAACAAAUUUGAUUGAGAGAAAAUUAUUCUCCACAAUGAAAACACUAAUAAUCAAAAUACACUUAUAGACUAUUAAUUUAUGUUUGAUGGCAGUAAAUAUGGUGCGUAGGCCAAAAUGACUAAUAGUGUGGUGGCUUAUUAGCAAAAUUUAACCAUGACUAGCAGCUUGUCUGCUGUAUUUAUGUGUCUGGUAGUGUGGCUGCCACACUAUGCUAUUGAUUUAGACACAGAUAUUCUGUGUUGUGCACACAGAUAUUCUGUGUGGUGCCAUUCCAAGACAGUAACAGUCGCCUGUUACUGGCUUGGAAUGGCAACAGUCAACUUUAAUAAAUUCUGUUGAAAGAUGCUUUUAAUAAAGUAGGUCACAAAUGUUAUUCAACAAGGUUGUGCUUUUAUCAAAAUUUUAUGGAGCUGUUGAGAUAUUUUAUCUCUCUCUCUAAAUAUAAAUAUAUAUAUAUAUACAUGUAGCUGUAACGCCUUUCAGACAUAUCAUUUACCCAAAAGAUUUCAACUGUACAAGAAAGAAAUAUAUAUUAAACUUUUUAUUUACAUUACUUAUUAUUAAAAAAAAUUUUAAUAACUUUCACACCCAACCACCGAGUUUACCAAAAAUAUUUUUAACCAUACAUUCCUAAUAUAAGAAAUUAAAUUUUAUAAUCUCCUGAUGCACAUCUUCUGAUUAAGCUUCUAGUAAGGAACACUGGAAUCCCUAUCAUGUUAUUUCCUUUAGAUUUUUAUAACACUGUCUUGUGUCAUGUGCAAAAUAAUAUAUGCCGUAUUUUACAGACUAUAAGACGCUACAGACUAUAUGACGCACCUUAAUUUUUAAGCAAUUUUUAAGAAAAAUAACAUUUUUACCAUUUUUAUAUUAAUUUUGAGUAUAAGAUACACCUGAAUUAUGGAGGCAAUUUUUCAAAGUAAAAAUUGCAUCAUAUAGUCCGUAAAAUACGGUAACAGAAAUGUCAGAUUAAACGUUUCAAGGCUAAACAUAUCUUGUUCCACUAUUUACUGUUUUUAAAGAAUCAUUUCAAUUUAUUUAUACAGAGAGAUCAAUAAGCUGACUAGCUUUUGUUGAAACUGUCAUGCUUAUGGGUUUUAAAAAAGUUUUAGAUACAAUUAUUGUAAAUAUGUAUUGUUUUCAGGGACUCUGAUUCAGAUUAUUAACAUUCAAAGUUUUUCUGAGCUGCAGACGAUAUGCGUAAGUCCAAUUUGACAUGUCCCUCUGCCUGCCUGCCUCAUGUUGGUACACCAAGUGUAUAUUCCUCACCACAAUUGUGUGUACCAACAACACAGGCUGUGCUUCUGUCUCUCAUCACAACUUGUCGAAAGCACUUUUGAAGCAUCUUGUCAUUUGUAUUUGAAAUAAUGUUCAUUUUCGUUAUUGGCAAUCAUUUGUUUUGCUGCCAGAUCUUAUUUCAUUGCCCAGAUGUAAUGUUUGUAUUUUAAUUUUAAGCAUCUGUUGUUCUUUGUUUCUUUUAAAAUUAUAGUUUUGAUAGGUUUAGUUAUGGUGAAUUCUUUUGACUUGCAACAUUUUAUUGUACAAUAAUUUGAUACCUGACCAUUUUAAACCAAAUGAUAUUUGGUAUUGUCUGAUGAACAUUAAAUGUUAGGUUACUUAAACAUCAUAUCUAAUGUAACUUUCAUUGCAUACCAUGGUUCAAAAGGCCUUGAAAUUUCAGACCAUAAAGUUAAAUUCGUCAUUUGUAUUUGGACAGUCUUUUGUUCCUGUGGUAUGUCUCUUGAGGGCUGUAGGAUUUCCCCCAAUACUCUUUCCAAUAUACUAAAGCCUGGCAGCAAAGUUUAUCUACUAACUGCGUUUAAAGGAUUCUUUUAAAAAAGUUGGAAUAAUUGCAUUUAAAUAAACCAACAAAUUAAAAUCUAUCUCAUUUUUUAAAAAAUCUUCAACGUUUAUUUAAAAUAGUUUGUUCCAUUAAAUUUUUAUAGAAAUUCAUUUUUAAAAAAAAAUUUUAUCUUCAUGUAGGGCACUGAGCAUUUAAAAAAACCCAAUAAGAUUGGGUAUAUCCUAAGACUAAAUCCUUCUCAAAAAGUUAUUGAAAAUUUUAACAUUAUUUAUUGGAAGAAAAAAUUGCAUCAUUACAAUAUAACUCAAUUUGUGUUACAAUUCAUUUGAAAUCUCAACCGACUGAGGAGCUACUUUAAAACAAUCACUGUAUAGAAUUACAUUAACCACUUUAUAUUUACUUUUUUUUUAAAAAUUGUCAGAGAGAACUUAGAGACAGAUUAUGUUUCUUGCAUAAAACUGCUCACCUUUUUGACUGUAACUGCUUGAAAAAAUCAAUAUCUUAUAUUUGUCUUGAUGCUUGUCAACUGUUGAUAUUUUUUUUUUCUUGCGGUCCCAUGUUAAGCCGUUUCCCAAAAAAGAAUUUUGUUUGUCUACUGAGCAAAUAAUGCAUGGACUGCUGGAUAUAUUAGAAACCUUUGUAUCUAGCAACUAGUUAGUGAAGUGCUUAUUUGAACACAUAGAGAUUGAAACCUCCAUUUGCAGUGUACACAUUUAUUUAUUUCCAUCACUAAUGGCAUGUCUUGUUCCUGUCAUUGAAGUCUUUUUUUAUUUUAAAAAAAUUUAUAUUUUUUAGAUAGGCAAUGUUCUUUUUCUUCUUUAAAGCAGGUUGUGAAAAAUAUGCUUUCUUGAAUUAAUUACUUAUUUCAACAAUCCCUCUUGAUGUGGAUGUAGUCGUGGGAUUGAGCAACAGGACACUAAGCAGCAACUGUUGACAUUCUCAAAGUAUAGAACAGGACAUUAAGCAGCAACUGUUGACAUUCUCCAAGUAUAGAACAGGACACAAAGCAGCAACUGUUGACAUUCUCCAAGUAUAGAACAGGACAUUAAGUAAGCAGCAACUGUCCAACAUUGCCCUAUAGAACAUGACAUUAAGUAAGCAGCAACUAUUAACAUUCUCCAAAUAUAGGCCAAUUCUAAUUCUAAAGUUAUUUUCUUAUGUUAAUAUUAUUAAAAACUAUUAAUUGAUCAUUCUUGAUCUGGUGCCUAUUUUUCUGUCCAAAUAAGACAUUGAAAAAAGUGUUGCAUUGUGGAAACCCUUGACUUGUGCACUAUAAAAUAAUGCUUAGGUGUAUCAGUGGCUCCCAUAUUUCUCCUGCACUGGAUGAUGUCACCCUCUUGAUAACGUUGGCUUUCAUUGUCGUUGUUUUGAUUGAUUUAUUUCCCUACAGUUAUCGCGUGUUCAUAAGACUUUUACCACCACUUACUUGUUAACGUUGAAUGUUUAAGACUUUUACCCCCACUUAAAUGUUAACUUGGAAUGUUUAAGACUUUUACCACCACUUACUUGUUAACUUUGAAUGUUUAAGACUUUUACCAUCACUUACUUGUUAACUUUGAAUCAUUAAGACUAGUCAUUUAAAACAUGACAGUGCCUCAGAUUUUUAUAGAAUUUAAAACAAAAAAAAAAGGCAGUGAUGGCACUUUGAAUAGUUUAUACACAACUUUGCUUGCACAAGCCAGCUGUUAAAAUGAUGUAUCUUGGGGAAAUGAAGUCCUUGUUCAGACUUAAAAUAUCACUAAUGGCUAAAAUGGUUAGUAACCAUAGUUAAUGAGGGCCCAAUGAAAAGAUUAGUUAAGGUUUCUCAUAAGUAGGACUAUAUUAGGGUUUUAUCACAUAGUUUAGAGAAGUCCUAAAAGUUUAAGGAAUUUAAUUCAAUUUCAAUGCACAAAAUUUUACCACAUAAGAAUUUUAGGGAGUGUAAAAAAAGCAUCGUUGAUUUACGUGAAGCCUGCCUAAGUAUUGCAAUGAUGCACACCUUAAUUGUUUAACUUUUCAUUAGUAAUAAAUAGCCCGUGGGACAUGGUGAGUCUUAUGGACAGUCUUCAAGAGGUGCACAAGGAUCUUCAUCAGGUCAGUUCCCUUCAUCGGAUCUAUGUAAGCGUUGGUUUUAUAGUAGCUCCUUUUGUGAUAACAUUGACUGAUUCCAAGCAUUUCUAUGAUCACAGCUUUGAGUUAACCAUUAUAUUAUAUUAUGUGGGAAAAUGUUUACUCAUAAGUUUGGUUGUCUUUAUAAAUGUUGCUGAAACGAUUCACCCCAUGAAGUAUAAUUUCUUGAAAUAUUGAUUUUUUUAAAAUGUUUUAUUAUCAGUGGAUAAUGACUCAUAUUUUGGUUGCAGUCUUCCAUCAACAGUGAACCAUUUUUUAAAAGAUCAGUCGUGCUAGUAUCAAACUAUUAUAGUUAACCAUUAAAGAUCAUUCAUGUUAGAAUCAAACUGUUAUAUAAUCUAAUUAAAAAAGUUACAUUUAAAUUUAAGUAGUUUCCAUUUUAAAUUCAUAAAUUUGUCUGAAAGAUAGGAAUAAUUGAAUGUCCAUCUAUUGAAAGAGAUGAUUUUAAUUUCAUUGUCAGAGUUGAACUCAUGAAGGUAAAUUUAUUAAAAGUUGAACACAUGAUGGCUAUCUAAGGAAAGCGUUGAACACAUUAAUACUCAUCCAUUGAUAGAGUUCCAAACCCUAUUCACCAUCUAUUAUUGUGUUACCAUGAUAUAUUUCAGGGGUUCUUAAUCAGGGUUGCCCGUGUCAAAGGCUGUGGGAAGACCCAGAAAUUCUGGUUUUAUUAACAUUUUUUUAUCAUGGGUUGCUGGAAAUAUGUUUUGAAAUCAAGAUGGGGGUGGGGGAAACAUUUCAAAAUCAAGAUUAAGAACCUCAGAUAUAUUUGUAGUUCUUGUGCACAUUUUACUCUGCAACUCCAUGAAUUGUUUUUCUGAAUGCAUAAUUUAAAAUGUAUUCUCUAAUGGAUUUAACCAGUGAAAUAUUUUAAAGCUCAAUUCUGUUGUUUUCUCCCCCACAUCGCACGCUUUUAGUUGUUUAACUUAGGGUGACUUUGUUCAACAUAAGCUGAUACAAUAAGACAAUCUUUAGAAAAAAGACAGAAAACUAUUGGCAUGUGCAACAACGUAAUAUGUUAUCGUAUCUUGUAGGUAGAUGAUUCUAAAAUUAUCUAUCAAAACAGCACAAUUUUAAAUGUAGUUAUCUCAACCUUAUGUCCCAGUUACAUUUUUAAUGACAUGGAUUAGAACCACUUUUGUAAACCGAACACUGAGUAUCUUUUGUGUGGUUACACAUCUCUAAUUAAUCCAGUUGAACCCCACAUACUGAGCUAGUAUAUCUAGUUAAUUUUUUUUUUAGCUAUUGUUCAUCAACACUGUUCAAUCUUUAUUAAUAAUUUUAUUUUGUGUCAUAUUUUGUGUUGUCUUGUAUUAUUUGUUUAAAUCAAUGACACUGUGAUUACCAUGUAUUUUAAUGGCAAGACUUUUUUUAUUGCUCUAUGUAUAAACACAUUACUUUGAAAUGACUUCCAUUUAACAAAAAAAAAUCAUGUGUAAAAUUGACCAAAACGAGAUCUUCACCUUUUCAAACUUCAUUUCAUGAAAAGAUAUUCCAAUAUUACAAAAGUGCUUACUGCAUCUUAGUGCUGAUGCUGAUAAUAUAUAGUUUUACCAUUAGCUU